AUGACCUGUCUUUCCCCUGAUUUCUGGAACUACGAAUACAAGGAAGGCAAAGAUAAAUGGACUAGCACCAAAGUGGAUGGGAUGCUGAUGAAGAAUUUUGAACGUCUUGACGAGGCCUCAAAGCUCAACAUACUGCUCCCCAUGUGUGGGAAAACAGGAUUGUUGCUGUCUCUUGUUGAUAAAGGACACAAAAUGGUUGGCAUUGAAUGGGCAGAGUUGGCUAUAGUGCCGUUCUUCGAGGAACAUGGCCUGGCCUAUGUCAAGAAAGAGGACAAAGAUGUCACUGUGUACAGUGCUAAAAAUAAGGAUAUCACUCUGUAUUGUUGCGACAUUCUUCUGUUUAAUCGGCUGGCUGGAAGUUUUGAUCUGAUCAUCACCUCAUUUUUGAAACCGGGUGGCCGAAUCAUCUUCUCGUUCUUUGACUACAUUCACUCAGAGCACCCAAGCAUACCGUAUGCCGUCACUGAAGACAAGGUUCGUUUAAUGUACAGCGAAGGCUCUUUCAAGCCCCUGACGUUGUUGCAAGAGAUUGACGUAAAGGACACAAUGGAAUUCUUUAGUGUGAAAGAAGGAGACGACGUACACUUUCCAGUCUGGGAACUGAGCCGUUACUCGUGGAAGAUUGUACUCCUAAUGAAGAAGUGA